CACUUCACUCCCAACACACCAACAAAUCCUAAAGGCGCACAUGCUUCCUCCUCCUCCUCUUUUUCCUCCUCCUCCUCCUCCUCCAUCAUCAUCAUCAUCAUCAUCAGUGCGCCGCUGCAGCACGGCUUCAAAACCUCCAGCAGAAGCUCCACGUUGAACUUUCUUUUCUCACACUGCGGAUUCUGCUUCUUUUUGGGGUUCUUCUUCUGUGGCCUCUUUUUUUUAAAUCAAGCAGGACGUGGUUGUCUCGCUGUUGACAUUAUUCUCUGUGCAGGACGACACGCACAAGACUUUUGCACUCUUCAGGAGCAAGGUGCCUACGAAGGGGAGUGUGUGAGUUUGUGUGCGUGAGCGUGUGUGCGUGUGUUUGUGUGUUCGAGAGAGUGUGUAACCAAGAGAGGACAGCAGGUCCACGUCAGGAGCGCCGUCCAUUUUCAACAUUUUCUCCAACUUAAACCCCCAGACGAACAUUAGCAUGAUGUCGUAUCUAAAGCAACCACCUUACACAGUCAAUGGCCUCAGCUUAACCACUUCCGGGAUGGACCUCUUACAUCCGUCCGUGGGCUAUCCAGCGACGCCACGGAAGCAAAGAAGAGAGAGGACUACUUUCACGCGCGCACAGCUCGACGUCUUGGAAGCAUUGUUCGCCAAAACUAGGUAUCCGGACAUAUUCAUGCGCGAAGAAGUGGCACUGAAAAUCAAUCUACCUGAGUCCCGUGUACAGGUGUGGUUCAAGAACCGGCGUGCUAAGUGUCGCCAGCAACAGCAGCAGCAGCAGAACGGAGGCCAGAACAAGGCUCGACCCGCCAAAAAGAAAAGUUCUCCUACCAGAGAAGUGAGCUCCGAGAGCGGCGCCAGCGGUCAGUUUACUCCCCCCACCAGCACCACCACAGUCCCGGCCAUCUCCACCAGCACGGCGCCGGUGUCCAUCUGGAGCCCGGCCUCCAUCUCCCCGCUCUCGGACCCGCUGUCUACCUCGUCGUCGUGCAUGCAGAGGUCGUACCCCAUGACGUAUACGCAGGCGUCCGGCUACGGUCAGAGCUACGCGGGCUCCACGUCCUACUUCGGCGGCAUGGACUGCGGCUCUUACCUCACUCCCAUGCACCACCAGUUGUCCGGUCCGGGCUCGACCCUCAGUCCGAUGAGCACAAACGCGGUGACCGGCCACCUCAACCAAUCCCCGGCGUCCCUCUCCACGCAGGGCUACGGCACAUCCGGCCUGGGCUUCAACUCCACGGCGGACUGCCUGGAUUAUAAGGACCAAGCUGCAUCGUGGAAGCUGAACUUCAAUGCAGAUUGCUUGGAUUAUAAGGAUCAGACCUCAUCGUGGAAAUUCCAGGUCCUGUGAAGACACAACACAGACCCUCAGUAAAACUCUCUGGGGCGGGGGUCUUCGCUGAGUUUCUUUUUCGGAGAGGAGAGGUUUAAUUUAUUUUAGCACUGGCAAAGAGAUUUUCUUUUUCUCAUCUGUAGACCCUCACCCAUGUCUGUCAGUGCCUCAAACACCUGUUGAGGACACAUUUCCACCUGCAAGGCCACGGAACUAUAAUACUUGGACCCAUGAUGGACACACAACCUCCUUUAAUUAAGCUUCUUUGUUCCGCAAUGAUGAGGAUGCUGUGUGGACAUGGAUGCACUACUUUAUUUAAAAAAAGACGUGUUUAUAAAGAAUCAAUAUGUAGUUUCUAAGAGACAAUCAGUGUGUGUCUUAUAUAAAUGGUACAUGUGUGUUUUUUUAUCUGUGCUAGCCUUCGAUACUGUGAUCUGUUGUAUUGUAUGCAAUUUGUGAGACCCUCCUCGCAUCACAUUCUCUUCUAACUUUUCUUGGUGGGGGGAGCAGACGCUAAUGAUUAAAUGAGACUUUCCACGUGGUAGUAGUAAUGAUGAAAGGGUUAGACGCGCGCGCGUGCGCGCACGCGCACGCAUUCACUCACCUGUCCACUGGAUCUCAACAUGAUUGUGGGUUCCAAUGAUGCUGUGACCUCCCCUCUGAAAAGACAUGAAUAAUAACAAUAAAAAAAAUAAGGUCCAAUGAGCUUUCAGUUAAUAGACAAUCUUUGUUUGUGCGCGUGUGUGCUUGUGGGAACGAAUGGAGCUGCAAAGUGAGUAAAAAACAUCAUUGUCUUUAUAAUGACUUCAAAUUAAUGCUCCAGUGUGGUUAAGUUGUAUUAAAAUAUACAACAAAGGUAUAAAAAAGUGGAGUUGAAAAUAUUGUUUGAAUAUAAAAUAUGGCAGAACUCAUUUUAAAUACACUGGUAGUAUAAAUUGUGUACUCUAAUGGGUUUAAAAAUAUACGAAGAGGUCACAGCUUCACUGACUUGGUGGAAUUUUAGCCAAGAGAAAAAGCAGUGUUUAAUCCCAUAAAAGAUGUUAAUCCCAACAGUUUUACCUAGCAACAGUGGUCCCACAUUCAAGGCAAGUGUGUUUCGAUAACACAACGGGAAUGGCUGCAAUUGCAUUUCACGUGCACAUUCAUCUAAAAACAAAAAGUGGAGCAAGCUUUGUUAUACUGCGGAGAAAAAUUAUAACUCGUGAUUUAUUUUGCAGAUGCUCCUGUAGGCUAGUGCAUUUAUAAAUAUGAUCCUUACAAGCAAUCUUGAGAACUGCAAAAUUCUAUUAUUGGGUGCAGCCGGCUUUAAAAUAUUUAACAAUCUCAAGGUCACAAUGCAAGAAUUGUUUCACUUCCAUCAUAAGUGCCAAGUGAAGAGUCAAGGACGCUGUCUCAAGAAGUGGGGGCUUGUGUUUAUCUACCUGCUACUUAAAACUCCCCAACAAAGUCAGAGACUAUUAUGGGAUGUGUAAUGAGUCGACAUAGCUCUGUAGCAGGGCUAAUUGUUAGAAGUCCAACAUUCAAUUAGCAUCCUUGACAUUGCCAAUAAUCUCUCUUUCAUUGCAGCCUCCACUGGAGGAGAGCACUAAUUAAAAGCCUUGCUUGAAAUAAUCGAAGCGUUAAAAAAGACAAGAGCCACUUUGAUUCUGUUCCUGGAUGCUCGUUAGCGCGCAUACGAGUCGUUUGUGGAAGAAAAAUAAUAAUAAAGAGGUGGGAUUGUAUUUUUAGAAGGUCUAACAGUGCGUAACUUUCAUCCAAGGGUAAAAGUGCAUGCAGGUUUGUCCGCUAAUAUGCUCAAAAGAGGCACUGCGCCGUUAUGGUGAUAAACAAUAAAACAAUUGAAUUAGGGGACAAUAGCUGGGUCUGACAGAUGUCUGAAUAUUCAUGAGUUCAGUCUGCAGUGGUGGGAACUCCUCUUGCGCGUUCUGCAAGCAAACUAUUUACUGUACUCCACAGCAUGCAGUAUACACAGACCAAAUAUUCAUAAUCAAAGAAAAAAGUUGUACCCUAAGUAUCCAUUUUGCAAAUUGAAAUGAACGUGACAUAUUAUAUAUCAUUCGAAAAAAUAUAUUUUCUUCCCCUAUUGGAGCUAAUGUGGUACAAGUUGAGUAAUAAAAGCCAAACAGUAACCUGGUCCAAGUGCACUGAUACACGUACGGUGACAAACGCGCCUCCCGUCUUGUUAUUGUAACCUUGGAGGCUGUCGACCCUGCAAAGUGCACAAAGUCAGAGGAGAGAUUAGAGAUGGCCUCCACAAUGCGUCAUGUACAUACAAUGAGUUUUAAUCAAGACUUUAGCGGCAUAUGGGCCUAACAGACGUUGCAUUAAUCCCCCCUGCUUUGGAGGGAGCGGCGGCGGGCUGUGCAGCACCCUCGGCCUCCGCUAUGGGUGCUGCUGCAUGGGUCAAAGGCACCAAGAACGCAGCCCACAGAGGCGUGCAAAACGGGUAAAACAAGCAGGGGUGCAGCUAAGGCUUCAGGGGCAAUAACAUAAGCCUCAUUUUUAGAUAACUGCAAGCAAGAAUGAAUGGAAUAAUUGGUUGGGUAUGGGGGAAACACUGUCAAAACUGUAAAAACAAAAAACAUAAAACAACCCUUUAAAUUAGCCUUUUAUAGGACAAAAACAACACAACGGUAAAAGUAGAGAACCGUGUGAUUUCUCCCAAGCAAACAUGACAUUAAGAAGUUGCCCUAAAAAUAUAAUGGAAGAAUUGUGAGUUUUAAAAAAAUGACAUUUGAAAAGUUAUGAAUAAAUAAAUGAUAAAGACUUGUAGUGUCCGUCAAUAAUUUUCGGAGGUUAUAAUCUUGAAUUAUUUUUAAUGAAUGCUCCUUUCUGUGAAGUAGGCCAUCAAAAUUGAUUGAAAUUGAAGAGAAAAACAAGAACUGAUUGAGCGCGCGUGUUUGAAUGAUUACCAGACAUUGUCAUUGAAAUGAAAUUAAUAAGACAGUCACGUGUUAACAAAUACAACUAAGCAACAAUAAAUAUAUUGAAGCUAAUUUAGCAUUAUCCCCCCUUCCCCCUUAAAAAGUGCUUAUCCAGGCUUAGUGACAUUUUCUCCAGUUAUUGAAGUUAGUGACAUCAUCAAUGAAUUUGGUAAUCUUGUCAAAGAUUGCAUUAAAUGUGUUUUGUAUGCCCUAUUAAAUAACAUAUUUAGAUGCUUUUCUUUAAUGAUGUCUAAAAAGAUUAAAAUAAGUACAGUAAAAAAAAAACAUGUUAUUUAAAUUUUUCCAGAUGGAUUUCCAGAGAUGCAAAAGUGAUAAUAACACUCGCGGCUGCAGCCGGAGGUCUGCUCAAGUGUGCAACAGUGCUACCGUUAUUGGAGCAGGGGACCACUCCAAAAACGCCAAAUAUGCAUGCCUUUUUUUGUCUCAGGCAAGCCCGUUUGUGUAUACUUUUUAUUUUUAUCGUAAUCCAACAAAUUACCUUGAAAUGCAGGACACGUGCUGUCAGUUCAUUAGCCACCUGAUGGCCUUUUGUUUAAAUUGUGGAGGCCGAUGGAGGGGGUUGCAACCUUGAGACAUAUUUUGUUAAAGUAUUCAAAAGCGACGAGGAAUAAAAUCCUCAAAAACGUAAGAAGAUUAGCAGAUCUCAGCAUACGUUAAAAUAAAACAUAUUAGUAUGUUGAGUGGAGACCAGUUAGCUUGUUAAACCCAGAUGGGUGAAAAUGCUCGUGUGCUAUGACUCCCCUUAUAGUAGCAACACAUUUGAGUACUUAUAUAGAAACAUAGCUUUUACUUCUAAUCCUUUAUAGGUGAGGCAGCGAGUGAGUUAUUAACAUAAGGUAAAUAAUAAUUGCUCCGAACUGAUGACAAACUAAGGUAAUAGUUCAGUGAAUUUGAAUUUAAAUUUAAAUUGAGCCCUAUUUGAUUGCAGAGCAAACAACACUUUUACUACAAAGCUUAUUAUGACAAAACAUGUCUUCAUUAUGCAAACUGCAACUAAAAGGAGCAGGGAAAUAGCGGCAACAGUUGACAUUUGACACUGCGUGUGCGUCAUGAUCAAACUCCAUGCUUAAUGGCCUCAAACACACUUUGAUCACAAAUAGCUUACAAAUUUAAUGACUUCAUGGUGAACGCAGCCAACUCGGCUCCAUUCUCAGCACAAGCUGCACGGUACGUCACGAACAGCCUCGCUGUGCGUCUCAAAAGAGGAAAGAGCAGUGCCACAAUGGAAUUUGGUCCUAUGGAAUUAAUCCCUAUCAGGAACUAAUUCAUCCAGAACAGGCAAACUAUCUUAGAAGUAAUGCAUCUUAACCGGCCAAAAGCCAUCUGCUUUAAUAUUUGUUUAGAUGACGCUAAUUCCCACACUUCUACCUGGGAAUAGGGCUCUUUUCUCCUCAUUAGAACAAUUAACAGAUUAUGAUUUACUCACACCUUUAACCCCCCCCCCCCCUCCCGUAUUCCACUGUCGAUCUCCAAAGGAGAAACUUAAAAACCAAAAAAAGAAGGACAAGCUAAAUACUUGAGUCUAGAGGCCCCAUACAGGCAGUUGGACUGUGGUGAAGAGAGGGAGGGCCAAUUAGAAAGUAGAAUGCCAAUUUGAAUUCUGAACCUGAACAUUCCAGGAAAAACACACCCCUUAAAAUUCCCCAAACUUUACACCAGAUGUCAGUAUAAUGCACUAGACCUCGGUUCAGUCAGCAUCUAAGGAAUUCAGGGCGUGAGAUUUGCUUUUUCUUUGGCCCUUUUGUUGCUUCAUUUGCAACACUUAUGUCUCGCAUACUCUCAGUUCACUGAAAAUCACAAAUCAAAGCCUUUUUCUUCGGUUUUAUUGGAGAAAUGACUGGCCACCACAUGGGGUGUUAAGAGGAGACGAGAGAACAGAAGAAGCUCAUACGCUGGAAGUUAUAUGUGAAGUAAGUGGACUCAGUAUUUUUGCUGUCAUGUAGCGUCUUGUUAACAAAGUUAAGGUAGAAAGUUUGAUCGUUUUCACAUUUUACAGUGGUUAACUUAGUGAUACACUUAUGUUGCAGAUUGUUGAGAAGGUAAAUGCCUGACAAACGUGACAAAUCAACUCUGUAUUAGGCCUUCAACGUUCAUCAUUAAAGUCAACAAAGUUAUGAGCGGCUUAAAUGUUUUGAUGUGUCCAUAUCAACAGUGGUUGACCUAUUUUUACACUUGUACAGUUGGGAACGUUACUUACGAAAACACGUGUACAGUUAAUAAAGGUUUUAUGAUGGCCACGGUCUGAUCUUGAACCAGGGUACCGCAUGUCUACUUUCAUUAUCUCCUAUGGGAUUAUUUAUUUAUUUUUUUUCAAAUUUGAAAAAUUCAGAGGUCAACCGGUGUCCCUGAAUCAUUUUAAUUCAACCUUUGAGGUUCCAGUGUAUUGCACUGAGGGUUAUACAUCAAUGAACUGCUUCACAUUGUUAUCGGGCACAAGUUAUAAGCCUUUGGAAUUCAUGGCUGCCAGUGUAUGCGCCUUCAUUCAGCGUGCCCUGAAUACUUGAAAGCAGGCUUCUCUAUUUACAUAUUUCAACUUCUGGAAUAAAAACUUCCACAAGCA